ACGCAAGUCCGGCUGUCACAGUGGGGAAUCGGGGCCUGGCCGGGCAUUUACACCCAAAGGGCAUCGGCUUCACUGGGAGUAACUUCGGCACCUUCUGUGUGUUAGGUGAUGGAGACUCUUGGGGAGUUGAGCCUGUCUGAGGAGAAAACCCAUCCGUGGGGCACUGAGGAUCCCACACCAUGCCUGACAGAGGAGUGCUGUGAGUUCUCGGUGGCAGUUGCGGGUAGCCCCGGUGUUGGCAAAACUGUUUUGAUCCAGGCUCUCCUUGGCCUGACUGAAAGCCACCAACACUCCAACGCUGCCUCCCUGCACCCCACAAGACCCGGAGGUCCCUUACUGUACAUUCACCCCUCUCACCCUGGUUUGAGCCUCUGGGAGUUGCCCCUGGAAGAUGGAUCACCUGAAAAGUGGAUUUCGGAAGCUGACCUCCUGCUGCUGGUCACCAAUGGGUGCUUUUCACCUGUCCAUAUAGAUUUAGCUCGCAGUGCCCUCUCCCAAGGGAAAAAGCUCUGCUUGGUGCGCAGCCAGGUGGAUUGCGACUUGCACACCCUGAAGAGGAGGAUGAAGGAGAUGUUUAGUCGGGAGGAAGCUCUGCACUCACUGUGCACCGUCACCCUCCAGCCUUUCACUCACCUGAUACGAGAAGGGGAGAUCAGGCUGUUUCUGGUGUCCGGCUAUGAGCCAUGGAAACUGGACACCGCGGGAUUAAAGGCCGUAAUAGAGGAGACAGCGGCGCUGUGCGGGAGGCCACUCUCACUGGUCCAACAGGGUUACGAGGUGAUAGGAGAUAAGGAGAUUUCCGAACUGCAGUCUGCCCUGGAGAGAGGAGGAAUCCCAGAGAUGGUUAGGUUUAUCCAGAACAGUCUGGACACCCUGCUUGACACCCGGAUUGACUUUGCUUUGGAAGGAGGUGACUGCAGUGUCCGCCACUCUCUCUUAAAUGCACUAAGAGGCGUUCCAGAUGAGGAGGAUGGUUCAGCUCAUGAGAAAGAUCCAGAAACACCAACUGAGUAUCCAAGUCUCAAAUACCCAAAGGCAAGUCUGUGGGACCUACCAGGCCUGGAGAGCCAAGAAUUCCAGGUUAAAGACUACUUAGAACAUGUAAAUAUCAACCACUAUGACUUUAUAUUUCUGCUUCUGACUCAUGGAACAGAGGCCACCGCUAGUUUCCAAUCUCUACUCUCCGAGCUCAAAAAGACAGGAAAGAAGGUCUUCCUUAUACAAGCCUACCAGGAAGGAGAAAUUCAAUUGGAAGAGGAAAGUGGGCAAAAUGAAGUUUUUGUUCUGUGCCCCACUAAUCUCCCAGGGCCUGAAUUCCAUAGGCUGCUAGGGAAUCUGGAGAAGCAACUGUCCACCCAUAAGUCCCGGGCUUUUAUGCUGUCUCUCCCAAACCUCUCCACUGAAGUCAUCCAGAAAAAGAAAGAUGCGCUCGCUCAUGAGAUCUGGAAGGUGGCUCUGCUUUCAAGCUUGGUGGCAUGUGUGCCAGUUCCUGGAGUAGCCAUAGCAUGUGACAUGUCUUUGCUCACUGCCAGGCUAGACACUUACCGCCAGGAGCUGGGGCUGGAUGCCAAUUCCAUUGCCUCAAUAGCUCAACAAUACGGGGUGUCUGCAGCUACUCUUACGUUAGAAAUCCACAGUCCCGCAGGAAAGGGGGUGACCCGGAAGUUGGUCGGCAAGAUGUUGGGCUCUGCCACUGGCCUUGGUCUAGAAGUAGCAGGAGUCAUUCUUCACCGCUUCCCCCUCUUGGGUCCUCUCGCUACGGGAGGAAUUGCUUUCCAUGCCAACUAUAGUGUGCUGAGUCGCUGCUUGGAGGGCAUGGCAGAAGAUGCCCAGCGAGUGCUGGAAAAGGCUCUUAAAUUAACUUCUACUCCUAUGAACUGAACUAUUAAACUAAGCAUUCCUACUGGGGAGUAUAGUAAGUAGUGCAAACAGAGGCAUAACGAGAGGGGAAUCAGACCCAGUGGCUUCUGGGAUAGGCAGGAGUUGUAGUGGCCCAUUGAGGUUUAAUGUACAGUUCCAAUAUACCGUAUAUACUCGAGUAUAAGCCGAUCCGAAUAUAAGCCGAGGUACCUAAUUUUACCUAAGAAAACUGGAAAAACGCAUUGACUCGAGUAUAAGCCUAGGGUGGGAAAUGCAGCCGCUACUGCUAAGUUUCAAUAAUCAAAAUAAAUACCAAUAAAAUUGCAUUAAUUGAGGCAUCAGUGGGGUAUAUGUUUUUCAAUAUUUAUUUCAAAGAAAAACAGUAAACUAGCUCUGUAAGUGGGGAAGAGGGUCAACAAAAACAAUAUGAGUACUACCCCACGCUCAUUGCAGAUUGGCAAACUGACCCAGUCAUUGGCAGCAGACCCAGUCCCGGAGGAGAUGUAAGGGGAAAUAAGUAUUGCUAGUGGGAGCGGCCAGGGCACUGGAGGGUCUGGUUGCAGGUGGUCUAAUUUGCACACAAAGGAGAGAGGGUGCUAGUCUAGAGGGACCCAUGGCACCCACAUCGAGUAUAAGCCGAGGGUGACUUUUUUCAGCACAUUUUGGGUGCUGAAAAACUAGGCUUAUACUCAAGUAUAUACAGUACUUUUGGGAAGCUGCAAACUUUGAUGGUUUGGGGGGAUUAAAAAUGUUUUUGUUGUUAAACUCUAUUUAUGCCUCUGGGUUCAACUGUUGUAUUGGGUCUAGUAACCAACAGCAACAGUUAGUGGUCUAAUGCAGUUAGAACAUACAAACCAUCUGACCUGGAAAAACCUUUGCACUAGUUACCUAUAGUAAAAAAUUGCAGUUAAUAGUCUAAUGCAGGUUACUAUAUACCUGGCCCAACUUUGCACCUCUUGCUACAUUAGCCCCCAUAAUGCCCUUCUCAUCUCAGCCAUGCAUGGCACUUUAUAACUACUACUUUAUCAGCCGUCUGAGAGGGAAGCAUUGAGACACUGAGGGGCAGGCCGGGCAUGUUACUGAUCCAUCCUAUUCAACCGGCAUUCAUCUUAAGCUUUAUGUCUGCGACCUGACACUUUGUUAGUAAGAGAAUAGCAAUGACUCAAUAAGGCUGCCAAUGGCUGGGCAUCUUUUGGCUUUUAUUGUAAAGCUUCCCAUACGUCUGCACGGAUGAAUAAAACUGUUAAAAUCC